CAGAGGGAGGGGAACACUGAAGAAGAAGAGGGGGAAACUCACAUCUCCUGUACCUCUCUCUCUCUCUUCUCUCUCAGCUAUCACUGAUCUUCCUCUGGAUCUCUCAUUGUGGAGCGGCCUCUGUGGGUGUGUGUGUGUGUUGCAAGCGUGUUUAUGCCAGCUGAGACCAGCCUUCCCUUCUUCGUCCUCCUCAUCUUCGUCACCCUCUCAUUUCUCUGCUGAUUCUGGAGCACUGCUAAGAGACUGUGCUCAUCUGUUGCCGUGGCGAUGGGCUGUCGGCUUUCGGGGCCAUGGUUGGGAGACGGAAUGGGGGUGAACACUCAGGACCUGAGCCAUAUGCCGAAGCAAGAGGCUCUAAGGAUCCUGGCCAGCUACGAACAGCCAAUCACACUGCAGAUAGAAGGGCGAAGGGGGCGGAGUUUGCAGUACCACCAAGCAUCAGACUGCAGCACGCAGACAGAGGGCCCAUGGGAGCCCCUGCGAUCGCUAGCCUGUGGCCCAAGCCCUGUACCCCAUGGCCUCUACUCAGAGAGGCCCUACUAUAGUCACAUGACCCUGCCUGGUGACCAUGGAGACAGAGGCAGAUACGAGUACCUUCCAAAUGCUCCACGUGACCAUGACGACCUGCACGCCAUUGCAUCUCAGGACCCUGAGCUGUCCUCCAGAGCGCCAGAGGGGCAGAGCUGUCUCACAGGUUGCUGCAACACCAACAUGCAGGAGCCUAGUAAUUUCCAGAGCCAGACAGAAGAUGAAGACUAUAUCAUAGAAAAGACAGUGGGUUAUUUACCUCUCCAUCAUGAGCUGGACAGUGGACUUGGCUGGACUGAUGGGAGUUUUCAGCAGGGGGAGCUCUCAGGCAUGGAGACAGAGGAAGGGCUUGAAGAGUGCCACGCCCGCAGGGGAGGAUUAGGAGGGGGAGGCUCACCUUCGUCAGAGUCCUUCAUCUCAUCAGAGCUGAGUGACUCCGGGUUUUACAGCGUCAGCACUGGGGAGUUCCUGCGCUUUCAGCGUUUGCUGGAGAAACGCAUGCGCCUCUACAAUGCCCGGAUGCACCACCAGGGGGAGCUGUGUCCACGUGAGCACAGGGACAAUCAAAAGGCCCAUCGUGAGCUGGAGGCCAUCCCUGAAGCUCUCACUGUGCAGCCCCAGAAUGCAUGUGUGGCUGUGCACCCACGUGGGUUGUUCAGGGUGUCAUCCAUGCAGACCCGCAAGGCAGACCAUCCGGCACUGAACCAACACAGCUCCAGCAGCGCAGCUCUCUUCACACCACACGCUGCCCUUUCAACUUGCAGCACCCCCUCCAGCCAAAGGAGGCUGCUGCCACACCAGAGCUCCUCUGGAGGGAUGCUAAGGAGAAGCAGAACACUGCAUCAUCGGCCAGUGCCUGUGGAGCACCGCAGACGGGCGAGCCACCCAGCCUCACCUAACUACCGCAGCCUGACCCUGCAUCAUUACAGUCGUAGGCUAAACUAUGAGCUACCAGAGGAAUCUGAACCAGACAUGUCAUACCUUGCCAACCACCCCCGACACCAUGCCAACCACUCACCACAUCCAUCCAAUCACCCCUCACACCCUGCCAAGCACUCUCCAAUCCCUGCAAACCACCACACACACCCUGCCAAUCAUUCUCCCCACCUUAGCAAUCACACCUCACACCCUGCCAACUUCACAUCUCACUCUGCCAAUCACUCCCCCCACCUUAGCUCCACACAUUCCACACACCCAGUCAGUCAUUCUCCUCACUUUAGCAACCACACUACAAACUCUGCCAAUCACUCCCCCCACAUCAUCAACCACCCUGCACACCCUGUCAGUCAUUCCCCACACCUUAGCAACCACAUCAAACAUCCUGUCAAUCAUUCCCCCCACCUUAGCAACCACACCACACACCCUGUCAAUCAUUCUCCACACCUUAGCAACCACACUACAAAAUCUGCCAAUCACUCCCCCCACCUUAGCAACCACCCUGCACACUCUGUCAAUCAUUCUCCCCACCUUAGCAACCACCCUGCACACUCUGUCAACCAUUCCCCCCACCUUAGCAACCACCCAACACAACCUGUCCAUUAUUCCCCCCACCUUAGCAACCACCCCACACAACACACAUACUCCACCAAACAACCCACACAAGUCAUGCCCCCUGCCCCACACACACACCCCACACACCCCUCCCAUGCUGUAAGCCAGCCCAGUGUGACCAGCUCCACAGAAGACCACCACUGUGCUCUGCUUCAGGAGCACCAGUACCAUGACAACAGAGGCAGAACACCCAGUAGCCUUAGGCAGGAUGGGAGCUUUGUGACGGCGCCUCCUAUGAGCAGAGAGAGGGAGCACCAGAGAGGGAGGGAAGAGGUAAAGUUUGGAGAAAAGGAGAGAGAGAGAGAGGCUCGUUUUCACACCCUCAGUCACACCCCAUUUCAAAGUCAGGACGCCAACGACACCUGGCCCAAACCAGCCGCUCGGCAUGGACCAUACAGAACACUCGAGGGUCACACAUCCAUGAAUGCCUCAGUUUCGGCACGGAAACCAUCUGCGGGGUCAUCAAACCUGCGGGCAGUGCGGAACCAGCUGCUGCGUGACCGGGCACUGCGUCUGGCAGAUGAGCGCAGCGGCAUGAGCACAGACGAAGAGAGCCACGGUGAGGUCCGCAUGGGCCGCUACUGGAGCCGCACUGAGCGCCGCGAACACAUGCAGGAGAAACAGCGGCAGCAGCAUGCACGGGGGUGUGGGGCCCACCCACUGGGGGACAGGCCCGGCGGAGAGGGAGGGUACCAUACACUGCUGGAGUUGAGUCAGAGGAAGUUGAGUCGUCUCAGGAACAGGAAGCUGCUGGACGACUGGACUACCGUGGAGGAGCUACUGGCGCACGGAACACGAAUCGGUGCUGGAGACGAGGCACUGCAACUAGCCAGCUCUCUCCUCACUGUGACCACCGUAUAGCAACACAUAGUGUGAGUGUGUGAGGUUUGGCAUGGGAUAUACUGCCUUCACCACAUAAGGCUACCUCCUGCUCUUGAUGUUUACUGUAGAUAGAUGAUUCAGAAUACUGUAGUUGUUUCUCAGAGGUUUCAUUGGCUAGAUUUUGCUUCAGGUGAGCACUUAUAACAGCCAGUUUUAAUUUUGGUUUUCCUUAAAAAAUGUAUUCGGGCACGUCAAGCAAUAUGGCACUGCGUAAAUGUUGGACCUAUUACAGAAAUGACAUUAUAUGCAGUGAAAACUUGGCACCUUUUUUAGAAUAAAGAUAAAUUUAUGAUAACUUUAGAUGGUGCUAACACACGUAAUACACAUUAGAUUAUGUUUGUUUGAAACCGAUUAGACACAAAUAAAAUGUUUUUCAGAAUAAAACAAAUUUGCACAACAGAUGUCAGAUUUCCCUGAUUGUCUUCCAUUUGGUACAAGAACCAGAAGAGGCGUGGCAUUUCCAUCCUCCAACCGCGCCUGAGACGAUCAUUCUUCUGACUCAUAAACAAAUUUCUCUGGAGAAAAUACAAACAAACAGAAACAAAAAACAUUCAGCGCCAAAUGUCAUCUAUAUUAAUUCCCAUUUUGUAAUUUGAGAUGAAUUAUAGUGUGUUUAAACGUUGCCUAGCCAACCCUGCAUUUCCUGAAUGACCAGUUAAGCACUGAUGGACCCGCUCAUACCGUCUUCUUAGAUUCCUGUUAGUUGUGUAGAAUACAUUUACACCCAUUAUUCUUGUGAUAACAGUUGAUGUCAUGAAAAGACAAUAAUUUUUUAUAAUUAUUUGUAAGAAAGAAAGGAAGAACGAGAAUCAAUUAACUGUAUUUAAUUUCAAAUCUGUACUUGGAGCGUGAGCUAAUAGCACGCUUUACUUUGUUUUUAUGUGGAAAUUCAUUUUUGCAUUGCAAGAAAACUAUAUUUUAAACGGCUUAAGAUUAAUGAGAGGUUAUGAUUAUUUUACCACAACUAAAAUCAAAUUACUGCCAAACCUGAUAGAUGGUCUAACUUGUUGAAAGGUUUAAAACCGCGGGCUGCUUGCAAAUUGACUUGUGUGUCGUUGUAUGAACUGAAUACCAUUCUAGUUGGGAUGUUACACAGCAUUUGAUCAACUUCAGUUUUCUACCUGCACUGUUUGUGGUGCAUGAGCACUGGAGGCAGGCGCGCACUGUUUACAGCUUUCUCACGGCGGUGAUCUGGGCCGAUUCUCCAUACCCUCCACGCCGCGCCAUUGUCAACAUGAGUCAAACGUUUUCAAUAAUGGAUGGAAAAGACAAGACUGACGAGCUCCCUGUGGAUUAUGAAAUAGCACCCUUCUCUCCGCGUGUGAACGUGAAUGCCACUGGCUUGAGGGCACUUUUUACUUCAAAGCUCGCGCUCCUCUGGGCUCAUUCUCAGCGGAAUUACCUCCCGCUACCGCGCGCGCUGAAUGUCAGAAUGGUGUUGCUCGUCUUCACUUCGAAAAAAAACUUCCUUGGAAUCCGAUGUAGAUGUGCUUGUA